AUGGUGAGCGGUGUCAAUCCUGCAAAUCUCUCCAAGGCUCGCCGUACCCGAGGGACCACCGCGCAGAAUCCGAUCGUUGUAGAGGACGAGCCUAUGCGGCAGCCAUUCAUAGGAAGGCACCCCACGAAGGCGGGGUCCUUGGAUCCCUCCAGUCUUCCUCGCCCUACCAGCGAGCAGAUCCUUGGCUCUCUGUUGCAACAAAAGAAUGUCUUACCCGUCAUCAUCUCCCUGCUUCGCCUGCUCUCUCCUGGCGCUCUUGCGGGUACGCCUUCCCCACCCUCUUCCACACCGUCCUAUACUCCCCCGGGUCCACCGCCUCAGGGGUCGUUCUUUCGCUCUGCGCCCUUUCAAGGGUAUUAUCCGCCAGCCAACGUUCAAGCCCCCCCUGUCAAGCGACGCAAGCUCAACAACGUACCCGCAGGGGCGACAGACUGGGAUGUCCCCUAUCCGUUCCAGGAGGGCCAAGGUCCCGACAACUACCGCACCAAUUGGGAACGAGAACGAGGCAAGCAGGUUCUGGGGGACCUCGUUCACCUCGUUCAAAGCGCAGCCCAAAAGGCGGCAGCGAAAGACUGGCUCCAACAGCAACAAGCACGACGACCCGGU